CCAUGAGUGAGUUAGUGAGUGAGAGAGUGCGGACCUCUAAGCCACAGACCCAAUUGCCGCAGCCGGACUCGAAACCUCCCCGGGAAAAGUCGGUCCCAUCAACCCGCGUGCGGCGAGUCGGUCCCCUGUGCCGUCCUCGAGCCGGACCACGCCGAUUGGCCGUGGAGCCGUGGCUGGUGGUGCACCCGCUUAUCCCAUUGAUCGUCAGAGUUACGCGCCAAGUAGACUGAGCAGACUGAGUAGUACUCGCCUGAGAAUUGAACCGAGCGAGUCGUCUGACUGGGUAAGUAAUAAACUUGGCCCCAUGCCGUUGUUGCGGAAAAAUCCUUUCCAGCGGGCCAAACCGCCCCGCGAUCUGCGCCCCGAAGAAGAAGUGUUCUUUUGCGAGGCCACCAAAGAGAUCUUCCGCGAUUAUGAAGAGUUCUUUCAGAGGACCAUUCUGUGCAACUCGCUGGUUUGGUCUUGUGCCAUCACGGGCAAGGCUAAUCUCACCUACGAAGAGGCCGUCGAGAGCGAGCGCAAGGCCAAAAAGCGACUCGGCACACUGCCCAAACCCUUGAAACGCGGUUUGCUGUGGUUGGCCCAUCGCACGUCUCGCGGUCGAUUAGCCGAAGUGGUCGACGAUGUGUACGUGUUCGCCUCGGCUCGUUAUUUCAAGGGUGAAGUCGUCGAGGCCGUCAUCCAAGAGCAGUGGUGUGACUGUAAGGUGGUCGGGAUAAUCCCCCCUACCGAGGCAGAGAUUGAAAACGAUCGCAUCGAAGAAGAGGAAGAACGUCAGAAAGACUUAGCCGCCGGAAAAACGCCGGCACCCAAACCUCGAAAGUCAUUUUCUCCGCCCGAAUACCUGUUCAAAUAUGAAUUGGAAGAAAUUGAACCCGACGAUCCGGAGGUCAAUCAGAUGUUCGUGGUCGAAGCGGACGAUGUUCGUCGAGAAAAAGGGUUUUACACGCGAGAAAAGAACCUGCUCUUUCUUAAGAAUGUGGUCCACUUGGGCAAAACGGGAAAUUUCCAGCUCAAACGCGAAAUCGUUGAAAAAUACCAUGUGGAAGGUAUCAAGUUCUCCGAUAUCUUCAACGGUCCCCCGCCUAAAUUCGACGAGUCCAAGCGGCUGAAAGGCCCGGGGGCUGUUCAUCACUCUAGCAAGAGCAAGAAGGAACCGAAAUCGGACAAGAAGCCCAAGAAACCCACCAAAAUGGGUAAAAAUCAAGGCACCCUGGACUCUUGGGUAAAAGGAGACAAAUCUCAAAGUGCUCCCAACAGCACUCACAAGGUCAAAAAGCAGAGCUCGGCUGAGCUCGAGGCCGAAAUGAAAAAGAUCCGCGAGCAAAAUGCCCGCUUCAAAGAGGAGAUGAAGCUUAGAGCGGAAGAGGCGCGCAAACGCAAAAUCGAGGACAAGGCCAAGGAGAAAGAGCGCAAGAAGGAGGAGCAGAAGUUGUUGAAGGAGCUCAUGAACGAGUGGAAAAAGCGUCGAGAUGACCUUGAAUGCGACGACCUUAAGGAGUUACCGCGACCCACGGCCAUUCACUGCAAGAUCCCCAACCCGUUAUUCGGCGAGUUCUUGACCCUGUUGGAGUUCAUCCACUGCUUUCAUGGCCUGCUCGAAACCCAUGACUCGUUUCCCAACGGAGUUACCUUCGACAUCCUAGAGCAAGCUCUCACAGACAAGGAGACUCUUGGCGGAUCGCUCUUUGAUGUCUUGAGUUUUCUCCUUGGUGCUGUUUUCGAUCUCCAAGAUGAAGAAGACAACGAAGUGCGACUCGACAAAAUCACCGUAAACCCUGAUCAGAUCGACAAGAACGUCUUAGGCAAGGACGAGGAUGUGGCCAACCAUAUCAGGUUGGCCACCGCAGCUGCCAAGUGGCCGUUUAAAACUCAAGGUGGUCAGAAACUGCGGGAACUCCAUCUUGAUCAGUACACCAUCACGGAAAUUCUCCGGCUUCAUCUUCAAAGCGGAGGCGCCUUCCGGAGCGAGAAGCUUAUCAUGUGGUUGUAUCAACAACGAGGUGGCUAUCGGCUCUCGGACGACCCCGCCCUCCAAUUGAAGAUGGACGACCCUCAGAUUUUGGAAGCCCUCACACGAAGAACCGUUUUUGAACUGAGUUGUCAAGACAAGCUGAAGAUUCUCACCGUUCUCAUGCAACAGAUUCUCACGUACGCCACCGUCAGGGAUGAGAUCGACGAAAAACUCAACGAGUACCACGAGGCCAAAUCGGAACUUCGCGAGCACAAGAUCGCAGAAAACAAACGCCAGAGGAUCCUCGAAGAAAGUGAAAAGCAACGCAAGAAAGAGGAGAAGGGCAAAAAGAAGGACACGGAUUCAAAGGCCCAAGAAAAUGCCCUACCAAACGGGAAGGAAGAGCACCCUCCAACAGAGAAUAACAUACCAUUGACCGAGCGACAGAGGUUGGCAUUACAGACUCAGAAAGAGAAGGAGGAGAAAGACCGGAUUCGAAAGGAGGAGAUCAAACGCUCUGAAGCCUGGGAAAGGGAAGAGGAGCUCAAAGGUCAAGUGUUUGAGCUCCAGUUCAACGCCGGGAUGAACCUUUUGGGACGAGAUCGGGCUUAUCGACGCUACUGGAUGUUCGGUUGUGUCCCUGGGGUCUUUGUUGAGCACGAUGACGACACUGUUGGGCCCUGCAUGGGUCUACCCACGCCUUACAGUGAGAUGGCCGGUCCCAUGGACGAAGAAACCGCCAUCAAAAGAGUACAAGAGAUCUUGGACGCAAAAGACAAGACAGAGGAGAAGAGCUCAAGUGACAAGGAGAACGAUCAGGACGAGAAGACUAAAACAUAUUCCAAGAAGCAAGCUGCCGCGCCGUUGAAGCAGAAGGUGCUCUCGACCAACAACGGUAGUGUAGACGUGACCUCUUCUCCCUCCUCGACGUCCACCAAUCCAACCACCACUCCGGAUGUAAAACCUGAUCUGAAGUCACUGGUCCAACCUCACGAAAUGCUCCCCUGGGGAGCGUGCCUUGCCAGUGACGAGAGUUGUCCCGUGCACUCUUCCAUUCUACCUCGAACUCAUUGGGCAUUCUUCAAAACCACCGAGGAGAUUGACAACCUCAUCGACAACCUGAACGAUCGAGGUAUCCGAGAGAGUGGGUUAAAGGAAAAACUCGUGCGGGAGCGCGAAAGAAUCGCAAAGAGUCUGAAAAAGUUCAAUAUGACCACUAAAUUUUGCAAAGGGGAGGGCGAAUUGGAGUCCAAGAAACACAUACCUCAAGUUCUCAGCAACGGAACAAAAGAGGAAAAGGGGACGCCCAAAUCUGCGACAUGUUGCGUCGAAUUGACGCUCCGCGAUCAGAUUCUCGAGUUGGAAGAGAAGAUCUUCUUUGGUACGUUGGGAACACUCAAGAUCCGUGACCGGAGCGCUUGGCAACAAGCCAUUUCCGAGGGUGGAUUUGACAAACAGUGCGACACUCUUAAGUGGGGAGGCAUGUCCUCUUUAUUGGAGACGCCAGCCGACUCCAGGCUCCAAUCGGGAGCUAUGAGUAAAGACUCCACCCGCCCUGGAACCCCCAACGGAAUCCACACAUCAGAGGACGAGAACCGACGAGAUUCCGGCAACUCUUUCGCUGACAAAGAGCUUGGGCGAAAAGUCACGGGUUUGGCUAGUGCCAUUUUACAGGUUGGACAAAUGGUCGAUCGCAAAUACAUCAAGCCACCCCUGGGCGAGGAUGAGAAGGAAAAGAAGAAACGCUUGAAGGAAGAGGAAAAACGAAAUAGGGAGCGUGAGGCUGCGGAAGAUGUCACCGAGGAACUUCCAUUGGAUAGCCACAAAGAUCACAUUUUAACUCCUUUUGAGGAAUGGGAGAGCUCGCUCAUGGCUUCAAAGAGCUUUGCACAACUCUUCAUUCACAUGACCACCUUGGAGAACUCUAUAGUUUGGUCAAAGUCCCUCCUAAAUGCCAAAUGUCGGUUAUGUCGGCGCAAAAACGAUCCCGAGAACAUGCUUUUAUGCGAUGGCUGCGACCGUGGCCAUCAUAUGUAUUGCUUGAAGCCCAAGCUUAAGUCCAUUCCAGAGGGCGAUUGGUUCUGUCAUGAGUGCAAACCCAAAGAACGAAUAAGGACGCCCAAAAAGAAAUCCAGACGAGUUUUUAUCGAGGAUGAGGAGGAGAAUGUCGAGGACAGUCAAGAAGAGGACGAAAACGAAGAGACUGCCGAAGCUGGGGAGGAAGAAGAAGAGGAAGCCAUGGCCACUGAGCACGUCGACGAAGAGGAUGGAGAACUCCAAGACGAAAGCAACGAGGAUCAAGGUGAUGAAACCAUGGAGGUUGAUGAAGUAGACUCCGAGACAGAAGACCCGGAACAUGAUAGCGCUGAAGGAGAGGACCUGGAGGAAGACGACGAAGAUUCCCGACCUCGGAAGCGUCGAGGGAAAGCGUCACCGGUUCAAGUCAAGCCCAAGAAGGAAAAGAAAAAUUCCAAGACUCCUUCAAUAUCGCAGCUCCUCGGUAAGCGGAGGAGCGCUGCUGAGGCAUCAGAAAAGAUUGCCUUAGCCACUCAAGCCGAAACCAACUCUGGGAACAGCAGUGGGAGUGAAGAGAUCGGUGCCCGAUCAAGUUCGACCCGAUCCCGGCGAAGCGCCAACAAGCGAAGCAUGGAGGCCACUCUCCUUGAGCAGCAACAUCUCGAGUCUCUCAACAGCCAACAGAGUGCUCGGUCCAAGCGACGAAGGGCUGUGGAUGAUGCCGUGGAAUCGAUGUUCAAUCCGACCGUGCUCGAAGACUUACUCAACGCCAUGAUGAAGCACAAGGAUGGAUGGCCAUUUGAUCGGCCAAUCACCAAAGCCGAUGCCCCUGAUUACCAUAAAAUCAUCAAGAAGCCCAUGGAUCUCGGAACGAUCCGCAGUAGUAUCAACCGCAUGAAGUACACCUGUAACCAAGAGGUCGUGGAAGACAUUCGUCAAGUGUUCGAAAAUUGUUGGACCUACAACCGUGACGACGCCGAGGAAUAUCAGUGUGGAGUCCGCCUAGAAAAGUUCUUCAACAAAGAGGCCAAGAAGCUCGGGCUUUUGUACGAGAGUGAAGACAACGACGACGAUGUCCCGCUAAAACCCGCCAAAAAGAAGAGUCGACGAACUUACUGAUGAGGAGCAUGACGAACGAACCCCUCCCGCAUAUUCAAGGUCCUUGGUCAAGCUUAGGUUUUAGAAACACGGUAGAGAUUACGGCAGGCAAAUUGUAAUAGACUCGGUCGACCUUUUUUUUCUCGUGGAUUGUGCGUGUUGUCCACACCCGCCCACAGUAUUUCCUGAACACGCAUUGCGCUCAUAUAAAAUGAAGAGGACCGCCAUGAGGAGCGGUUGCUCAAAUGAACACUAUGAAAAACCACUAGCUUUGUUUAUUUUCCCAUGUGUAACGUGUCAUCAUGAUGAUCCUCUUUACCAGCCGUUUAAGAAAAUUUGCCUGUGCCAAUUCCACUGAGAUAGGGCAAAGAUAUUUUUAACACAAUAUAAAAUAAUCACGUGGAAUAAACGAGUUUCAUCUCUUG